CUCAGCUUUCGUGUGAGCACCGGUCUCCGUUCGCCCAAAGCUCCGUUGCUCCAUGUCGCGACCUUAGACGCCCAUGACCGAUGGAUGGGAUGGUGAGGACGUGACCUAUGCCUGCGAGUACUGCCACACCAAGUACCAGACGUUUGGCGAGGCAGAGGCCUGCGAGGCCGCGUGCCAAACGAAAGCCAACGGCACCGGUCCAGGCCCCUUGACCUUCGCCCCGCCUCCAGGCAUACCUGGCUGUGGCGCGCUGGCCUGUGGCGCCUCCUUGGGUGGCACGUUGGGCGCUCCCACUGCGCAGGCCACCCUUCCACAGACGCAGUUCCUCCAACCAAGCAGUGCUGCACCCGAUUUGGCAGGUAUCCUCUCAGGUGGAAAAGGUGCGUUGAUCGCCAAGGGCUUGCAGCUCUUGGCUGCCAAAGGAGUGCUUCCCAGAUUGCUCAAACAGGCCGCACCAGGCUUUGCAGGCAAGGGUCCGGGGCCAGUGGGGCCAGCAGGGCCAGUGGGGCCAGCAGGGCCAGUGGGUCCAGCAGCACCAGUGGGUCCAACAGGGCCAGGCCCUGUAGCUCCGACGAUGGGCUCCAGCUUGGGUUCAGGUGGCCAGGCCUCCGCACCGACGCCAAUGGUGUCAAGCGACUCAGAUCCAUUUCUCAAAGAAGUCCAAAACUUCAUGCAACGCUGGGACCUUGAGAACCGCUUUGAACCAAAGCUGGUGGCCUAUCUCAAGCGAAAUGGCGCGGGUCCCCUCCAGCAGGAGAUGGAGAAAUUGGACCGAGAGCUCCAACAAGCUGCCGUGCCUCCGGCGUGUCGUUCCGGCUAUUUGCUGGUGGUCUUCGGGGAGGUGAGUGAGAAGAGCACGGAUGAAGACUUCCGCUUCCUGCUCACGGGCAAGAAGGGAGACGGACGGGACGACUCGCCGGAGCGUCCGGAUGCUCGGGACGCUCGGGACGCCGCUCCCAAGGUUGAAGGAAAGAAGGAGGCUCCCCGAGGCGGGAAGGGUGAGGCACGAAGCAGCGUGGCUCCCUUGAGUGAAAAUUGGAUGAUGGAAGAGGUGGAUGCAACCUGCACGCGCUUCAAGCUCGAGGAGAACGUCCGAAGUCGACUCAUCAACGCCAUGAGAUCGCGGGCUUCGACCUUCAAGGAAGAUAUGCGGACCUUGAAUGAUGUGAUGCGAGCUGCCAAGCAUCCCAGGGGGGCCGUGCAGCUGAAGCUCCGUGAAAUUGAGCGGGGCAGCUUCUCCGCUCGCAGCUAUUCGCCUUUGGGCCCCACACCCGCGGAGAAGCAGGAUAUGGAGCGAGCUGCGAAGGAAGCAAAGGAGAAGGGUGGCGAUGGGCAAAACCGCGACAGGUCCCGCUCCAGAAGGAGGGAGCGCGAUUGAUAGGAACCAAGGCAUCAGUAAGG